GAUUCCAGUCCCUCCGACAAAUCUGCACACGCAGGUCAGAUCCAGGCUUCCUAAGAGCUGGGGUUUCCCUCACAUGGUCCCUCUGUAAACACGCGCUGCCCUGUGCGUGACUUUACACAGCUGCUCUGUGUGUGUGUGUGUGUGUGUGUGUGUGCUGCCUUCAGCGCACGGAGCCGCGCCGCACCCCCGGCUGCAGCGGUCACCCGCCGUCUUUCUCUCGCGCACGGGAGGCGCAGGGGCAGUGCAGGCCCUGGUGCGGCGGCGCUGCCUGAGCCCCAUGGCGGAGCUCCCACUGGCUGCGGCGGGCUCGGGCCCGGCCGGAGGCGGCAGGCUCGGGCUCCAGGCGGUCACAGCCCCGGAUCCCCGGCCUGCGCGGAGUGGAAAGGUAGAAGGCCAGCAGAAUGGUGAAACAAUCCCAGCUGAGCAAGCAAACACUUCAGAUGACACAGUUACGGGUGCUGGGAGUCUUCAGAAUGAUCAGAUAGUUCAGAAAAUAGAGGAAGUACUGUCUGGGGCCCUUGAUACAGAGCUACAGUGUAAAUCAGGCGUGGAGGAAGAUUCAGUGAAAAAUAGCUCUCCAUCUACAAAAAGAGGCCCUACUGAUGAAGUAGAAGAUGAAAUUCCAAGAAAAAAGUCAAAAAAGAACAAGAAACACAAAAGCAAGAAGAAGAAGAAGAAAAAGAAGAAGAAAAGGAAGAAAGAAAAAAAACACAAAAAGCAGCCAAAGGAAUCAAAAUCAAGUGCACAGUAUGGAGAGCAUGCAGAUUUACAACCUGUUUCUCACUCAAAGACAGAAACAUUGGGCUCAAAGUUGAUCACACAGCAUGGAGGACAUGCAGAUUCAGAUCUUGCUGGUCAAACGCAGCCAGGAGAAUUGGGCACAAAAUUGAGUGCAGAGUACAUGGGGCAUUCAAUUAAAAGACUCUCACCUCAUUUGCUAUCAGAUUCUGAAUCAUCUGUGGAAAAACUUGGGAGUGAAAAAACAAACUUGGUCUUGACCGAUACACACAGUACAUUCAGUUCAGAAACCAGCAAAUUGGAUACCCAGGAAGAAAAUACUAGUACAAUGAAAAUUCAAGAGCAAGCUAAAGUAAAAUUAUUGGUGAAUAAGACUCAUGAAAGUAUAUAUCAUAUAGCUAUUAAUAUGAAUGCAAAGGGUGGACCUUUACCAGUUAAAGACACUGAAAAUAGUACUGUGUCUACCAGCAGUACUGGAGUUGCUGGUAAAUCUGAAAUUGAAAAGGAUUUGGGGGCUAUUCCAGCCUCUGAGAUAACAGAAGAACUAAAAGAUUCAGAAGCUACUUCAGAAGCUACUCUGAAAUCGGUGGGCAUGGUGGAAGUGAAAGACUUAGAAACAACCUUAGAAUCUGAGGCCAUGGCAAAGAUUAAAUUUUCAGAAGCAAUUUUAAAAUCUCUGACUAUGGUGAAUUCAGAGGGUUUGGAGGCCCCUCUAGAAUCUGUGGCUGGGACAAAUGAUUUGGUAGAAACUCCAACAUCUGUAGUUGUAAUGGAGAUGAAAGCUUUGGAAGAAACCACAGAAUCUGUUGUCAUGACAGAUAUGAAAGGUUUGGAAGCAACUCUAGAAACUAUGGGUGUGGCAGAGGCAAAAAAUUUGAAAGGCAGUCUUGAAUUUGUGACUGUGCCAGAUGAUUUGGUAGCAACUUCAAAAACUGUGGCCAAGGCAGAGGUGAAUGGUUUGGAAGCAACUUCAAAAUCUGCAUCUGUGGUGGAGGUGAAAGGUUCAGAAGGAGUCCUAGAACCUGUGGCCACGCAGGAGGUGAAAGAUUUAGAAAGAACCCUAGAAUAUAUCGCCCCGGGAAAAGAUUCAGAAACAACACUAGAAGCUGUUAUGAAUGCAAAAGAUUUGGAAGCAGCUUUAAAACCUGUGAUGGAGAUGAAAGAUUUGGAAGUAACUCCAGAAUCUGUACACAUGGAGGAGGUGAAAGGUGCAGAAAGAGCCCUAGAAUCUCUGGCUAUGGCAAUAAAUUUGGAAGGAACCCUCAGACCUGCUCCUGUGGCGGAGGCAAAAGAUUCAGAUGCAGCAUCACUGUCUCUGCAAAUAGAAGAUAAGAAACAGUCAAAAGGAUUCCUAGAAUCUGUGGCAAUGGCAAAAGGUCCAGAAACAAUCCUAGACCCUGUAGGGAUGGCAAAAGGUCUAGAAACAAUCCUAGAACCUGCAGGGGUGACAGAGGUGAAAGAUUUGGAAGGAAUUCCAGAAUCUCUGCACAUACAAGAUAUGGAAGAUUUGGAAGCAUCCUUAGAACCUGUGGUCAUGACAUCAGGUCUGGAAGUGGCUCUAGAACAUGUGGCUGUGGCAAAAGGUGCAACUCCACUUUCUAUGCAAAUGGAAAAAGUGAAAGAUGUGGAAGGAGCCCUAGUAGAAUCUGUGGCAGUGGCAGAAGUUUCAGAAGCAGCCCUAGAACAUGUUGUCUUGGCAGAGAAUAAAGGUGUGGAACCAACUUCACCAUCUCUGCAAAUGGAAGAUGUGAAAGAUUCGAAAGGAGCCCUAGAAUCUAUUGCCAUGGAAGAAGGCUCAGAAGCAACCCAGGAACCAGUGACAGAGGCAAAAGACUUGGAAGCAAUCCUAGAGUCUGUCUCAGGGGUGAAAGGUUCAGAACCAGCACCGCUGUCUCUGCAGAUGGAAGAUGUGAAAGGUUCAAAAGGAGGUGUAAAAUCUUUGGCCAUGGCAAAAGGUUCAAAACCAACCCUAAAAGCUGUGGCUGUAUGGGAGGGAAGAGGUUCAGAAGCAGCCCUAGAAUAUGUUGUCUUGGCAGAGAAUAAAGGUGUGGAACCAACUUCACUAUCUCUGCAAAUGGAAGAUGUGAAAGAUUCUGAAGGAGCCCUAGAAUCUAUUGCUAUGGAAGAAGGCUCAGAAGCAACCCAAGAACCAGUGACAGAGGCAAAAGACUUGGAAGUAAUCCUAGAAUCUGUCUCGGGGGUGAAAGGUUCAGAACCAGCACCACUGUCUCUGCAGAUGGAAGAUGUGAAAGAUUCAGAAGAAGCCUUAGAAUCUGUGGGCAGGGCAAGAGGUUCAGAACCAACCCUAGAACCUGUGGCCAUGGUAGAGGCUAAAGGUCUGGAAGUUCUUUCUCUGCAAAUGAAGAAUGUGAAAGAUUCAGAAGGAGCCCUAGAAUCUGAGGCCAUGGCAAAAUAUUUAGAGGCAACUCUAGAACCUGUGGCAGAGGUGAAAGAUUCGGAAGCAAUGCUUCGGACUCUGCAAAUGGAAGAUGUGGAAGAAUUAGAAGGAACCCUAGAAUCUGUCGUGGCGGCAAAAAGUUCGGUUGCAACCCUAGGGCCUGUGGCCAGGACGGAGGAGAAAGGUGCAGAAACACCUCCACUAUCUCUGCAAAUAGAAGAUGUGGCAGAAUCAGAUUCUAGGACUCCUUCUAUGACUGUGGUGAAGUUGAAGGCUUUGGAAGCAGCCUUUGAGUCUGUAGUCAAGGUAGAGGUGAAGGAUUUAAAUAAACUUGUACAAGCUGAGUCUGAGGUCACAGCUCAGUUUAAAGAUUUGGAAGCAAUUCCCAAAUUUCUGUGCAUGGAGGCAGAUUCGGUAAUAACUCCAGAAUCGGAGACAACAUCGAAAGUGAAAAACGUGGAAAUAAUUGGACAAUCUGAAUCACUGGCAGAAGUGAAAGAUUUGGAAACCACCCCAGAAUCUGAGGCAGUGGCAGAGUCAAAGGAUUCAGAAACAACUACUGAAAGUCAGGUGGUGAUGGAAGUAAAAGAUUUGAAAACAAUUCCAGAGUCCCAAGUCAUGACAGAAGUGAGUGACUUGAAAAUAUCUCCACAUACUGAGGUGGAGGUGAUGAAAAGUUUUGAAACAGCUGCAAAAUCUGAUGCCACUGUAAUAGAGGUGGAAGAUUCUGAAUCAACUCUGGAAUCUAGGGCAGUAGUAGAGGUGAAAUAUCUGGAAGUCACACCGGAAUCUGAGGCAAUAACUGGCAUAAAAUAUGCUAAAAAAUUUCUAGAAUCUGAGGCCAAGACAGAGUUGAAACAUUCAGAAGCUACCCCAGAAUUUUUACACCUUCCAGGCUUGAAAGAUUCUGGAAAAACUUCAGGACCUGAGGUGAUGAUACAAAUGAAAGGUUCAAAAACAGCUAAAAAAUCGGAGCCAAUCCCUCUGGUGAAAGAUUCUGAAGCUAGUCGAGAAUUGCUGCAUAUAGUGGUAAAAGAUUUGCAAUCAACUCUAGAACCUGAGACUGUGACAGUGGUGAAAGAUUUGAAGGAAACUCUUGAGUGUGAGAUGGUGGUGGCGAAAGAUUUAGAAACAACCCUAAAAUCUGAAGCAAUAAUGGAUGUAAAGCAUUCUAAGACUGCUCCAGAAUCUUUGUAUAAAGCAAAGGUAAAGGAUUCAGAAGCAGUUCCAGAAUCUCUCUACUCAUCGAAGGUGAAAGGUGCGGAAUUAGCUCUAGAACUGGAGGCGGCAGCAAAGGUGAAAGAUUUGAAAGAAGCCCUAGAAUCUAAGGUCAUGGUAGAGGUAAAAGAUUUGGAAGCCGCUUCAGAAUCUGUGGUCAGGAUGAAGGUAAAAGAUUUGGAAGAAAUUCCAGAACAUUGGCAGCCAGUGGGUGUGAAAAUUUUGGAAGCAUCUCCGGAAUCUGAGGAAACAGUAGAAGUAAAAUAUUUAGAAGCAACUCCAGAAGCUCAGGUGUUGACAGAGAUGAAAGUUUUGGAAGAAACUCUGGAAUGUCUGUACACCACAGAGGUGGAGGAGCUAGAAAAAAUUACAAAAUCUAUGCCAAUGGUAGAGGUGAAAGAAUCUGAGGCUCUGAUGGAUCUGAAAUUCUCAGCAACAACUCUAAAAUCUGAGAAAACAGUGGAGGUCAAAAUUUUGGAAGAUACACCAGAAUCUUUGAUGGUGGAAAAUAUACAAAAUUCAAAAGCAUAUCUAGAAUCUCUGCACACAGAGGAAAUGAAAGAUUUGGAAGCCGAUCUAGAAGCUGAGACUGCAACAGAUCUGAAGGAUUUGGAAGAAACUUUGGGCACUGUGCAGGUGAAAUAUUCAGAAGCAGUUUUGAAAUCUGUGGGCAUAGCAGAGAGAAAACAUUUGGAAACAACUGUAGAAAGUCCUAAUGCAGUGCUAGAUUUGAAAACCGUUUUAGAGCCUCAACACACUGUGGAUCUGAAACUUCUGGAAACUCCUCAGAUUCCUGAGUUAACAGUGGAGGUGAAAGAUUCUGAAGCAGCUCUAGAAUCUGAGGCUAUUACAGAGGUAAAUGACUUGCGAGCUACUCCAGAGUCUGUGGCCACAGUGGAGGAUUUGAAUGCAGUUCCAGAUUCUCUUCACACAGUAAACAUGAAUAACUUGGAAGCAACUCCAGAGUUGGUGACAGCUGCAAAGGUGAAAGACUUGGAAGCAGCUCCAGAAUCUGUGGUGGCAGUAGCAGAGGUGAAGGAUUUACAAGCAGCUCCAGAAUCGGCAGCAGUGGUGAAAGAUUUGGAAGCAGCUCCAGAACAUGUGACAGUGCUGGCAGAGAUGAAAGAUUCAGAACUAGUUCCAGAUUCUCUGCAUACCAUAAAUGUGAAAGAUUCUGAAACAAUUCCAGAAUUGGUGGUGGUGGUUUCAGAAGCAAAAGAUUCAGCAGCAGCUCUGGAAUCUGUGGUGGCAGUGGCGGAGUUGAAAUACUCAGAAACAAGUCCAGAAUCUGUGGUGGUGACUGCAGAAAUGAAAGAUUUAGAAGCGGCUCUGAAAUCUGUGGUGGUGGCGGCAGAGGUGAAGGAUUUGAGAGCAGCUCCAGAAUCUUUGGCUGCAGAGGUGACAGACUUGGAAGCAGCGCCAGAUAUUCUGCAUCCUGUGGAUGUGAAAGAUUCUGAAACAGCUCCAGAAUCUGUGGUGAUGGCAGCAGAAGUGACAGAUUUGGAAGCGGCUCCAGAUUUUCUGUGUACUGUAGAUGUGAAAGAUUCUGGAACAAGUACAGAAUCUGUGAUAGCGGCUGAAGAAGUGACAGAUUUGGAAGCAGCUCCAGAUUUUCUGCACACUGAAGAUGUGAAAGAUUCUGAAAGAGCUCCACAAUCUAUGGUAGUUGCUGCAGAGGUGAAAGAUUCAGAAGCUGCUCCAGAAUCUGUUGUGACAGUGGCAGAGUUGAAAUAUUCAGAAACAAAUCCAGAAUCUGUGGUGGCUACUGCAGAAAUGAAAGAUUUAGAAGCUGUUUUGGAAUCUGUGGCAGUGGCAGAGGUGAAGGAUUUGCAAGUAUCUUCAGAAUCUUUGGCAGCGGUGGCAGCAGAAGUGACAGAUUUGGAAGCAGCCCCAGAUUUUCUGUGUACUGUAGAUGUGAAAGAUUCUGGAACAAGUACAGAAUCUGUGAUAGCGGCUGAAGAAGUGACAGAUUUGGAAGCAGCUCCAGAUUUUCUGCACACUGAAGAUGUGAAAGAUUCUGAAAGAGCUCCACAAUCUAUGGUAGUUGCUGCAGAGGUGAAAGAUUCAGAAGCUGCUCCAGAAUCUGUUGUGACAGUGGCAGAGUUGAAAUAUUCAGAAACAAAUCCAGAAUCUGUGGUGGCUACUGCAGAAAUGAAAGAUUUAGAAGCUGUUUUGGAAUCUGUGGCAGUGGCAGAGGUGAAGGAUUUGCAAGUAUCUUCAGAAUCUUGGGCAGUGGUGGCAGCAGAAGUGACAGAUUUGGAAGCAGCCUCAGAUUUUCUGUGUACUGUAGAUGUGAAAGAUUCUGGAACAAGUACAGAAUCUGUGGUAGCGGCUGAAGAAGUGACAGAUUUGGAAGCAGCUCCAGAUUUUCUGCACACUGAAGAUGUGAAAGAUAAUGAAAGAACUCCACAAUCUAUGGUAGUGGCUGCAGAGAUGAAGGAUUCUGAAACAACUCCAGAAUCUGUGGCAGCAGUGGCAGAUGUAAAAUACUCAGAAACAAGUCUGGAAUCUGUGAUGGCUACUGCAGAAAUGAAAGAUUUAGAAGCCGUUCUGGAAUCUGUGGCAGUGGCAGAGGUGAAGGAUUUGCAGGCUGCUCUAGAUGCUGUGGUGGCAGAGGUGAAAGAUUUGAAAGCUGUUCCAGUUUCUCUGAUGGUGGUGGCAGAUGUAGAAGAUUCAGAAGGCACUCCAAAAUCUGUGGAGGUGGCUGCAGAGAUGAAAGAUUCAGAAGCAGCUUCAGACUCUGUGACGAGAGUGGCAGAGAUGAAAGAUUCACAAGCUGCUCCAGAUUCUCUGGUGGCGGUGGCAGAGGCAGAGGAUUCAGAAGCAGCUAGUGUUUCUCUGCAUACUUUAGGUGUGAAUGAUUCAGAAGCAGCUCCAGAAUCUGUGGUGGCUCCGACAGAGGUGAAAAAUUUGGAAGCACCUCCAGAUUCUCUGUAUACAGUGUACAUUAAAGAUUCAGAAACAACUCCAGAGUCUGUGACAGUGACAGCAGAGGUGAAUGAUUCAGAAGCAACUCCAGCAUUUGGGCCAGUGGCGGAAGAGGUGAAAGAUUUGGGAGUGGCUCCAGAAUUGGUGGUGGCUGCAGCAGCAGCAAAAGAUUUGGGAGUGGCUCCAGAAUCGGUGGUGGCUGUGGCAGCGGUGGAAGUUUCGGGAGUGCCUCCAGAAUUGAUGAUGGCUGCGACAGCAACAAAGGAUUUGGGAGCGCCUCCAGAAUCGGUGGUGGCUGUGGCAGUGGUGGAAAUUUCGGGAGUGGCUCCCGAAUUGGUGGUGGCUGGGGCAGCAGCAAAAGAUUUGGGAGUGCCUCCAGAAUUAUUGGUGGCUGUGGCGGAGGCAAAUGAUUCCAAAGCAACUCCAGGAUCUGUGGCAGAAGUGAAGAAUGAUGAUCUUUUUAAAAAAAAGAAAGCAUAUGAAAAAAGUAAGAGUAGUGAUAAACAUAAACAAGAUGCAAAGAAAUUAAAAAGGAGUAAAUCUAAAUCUCUUUCACGAUCCAGGAAGCGGAAAAAAAAGUCCAGGUCACGUUCUGUCUCUAAACAUUUGAAAUAUAAAAGAGCAAGGUCUAGGAGCAGAAACUACUCGGAUUCCAGAAAGAACUAUUCCACAUCUUAUGACAAGUCUAGAUCCAGAUCUGUUGAAAAAAGAGGGGGCAAAGAAUCUUCACGGAGGUCUAGACGCAGACGCUCCAGGUCCUCUGAUGGUCUCAAGUCAAGGUCCAGAUCCACCGAUCAAAGGGAAGGCAAAGACUCUUCCUGGAGGUCAAGACGCAGGCGCUCCAGGUCCUCUGAUCAUCUCAAGUCUAGAUCCAGAUCUGUUGAAAAAAGAGAGGGCAAAGGGUCUUCACGGAGGUCUAGACGCAGACGCUCCAGGUCCUCUGAUCGCCUCAAGUCUAGAUCCCAAUCUGUUGAAAAAAGAGAGCGCAAAGAUUCUUCAUGGAGGUCUAGACGCAGACGCUCCAAGUCCUGGGAUCGUCUCAAGUCUAGAUCCAGAUCUGUUGGAAAAAAAGGGCGUAAAGACUCUUCCUGGAGGUCCAGACGCAGACGCUCUAAGUCCUCUGAUCGUCUCAAGUCUAGAUCCAGAUCUGUUGAAAAAAGAGAGCGCAAAGACUCUUCACGAAGGUCUAGACGCAGACGCUCCAAGUCCUCUGAUCGUCUCAAGUCUAGAUCCAGAUCCAGAUCUUUUGAAAAAAGAGGUGGCAAAGAAACUUCCUGGAGGUCCAGACGCAGGCGCUCCAAGUCCUCUGAUCGUCUCAAGUCCAGAUCCAGAUCCAGAUCUUUUGAAAAAAGAGGUGGCAAAGAAUCUUUCUGGAGGUCCGGACGCAGACGCUCCAAGUCCUCUGAUCGUCUCAAAUCAAGAUCCAGAUCCAGAUCUUUUGAAAAAAGAGGUGGCAAAGAAUCUUCCUGGAGGUCUAGACGCAGACGCUCCAAGUCCUCUGAUCGUCUCAAAUCAAAAUCCAGAUCCAGAUCUGUUGAAAAAAGAGGUGGCAAAGAAUCUUCCUGGAGAUCAAAACGCAGACGCUCGAAAUCUUCUGAUCGUUUCAAGUCAAGAUCAAGAUCUGUUGAAAAAAGAGGGGGCAGGGACUCUUCAUGGAGGUCUAAACGUAGACGUUCCAAGUCCUCGGAUCGUCUCAAAUCUAGAUCAAAAUCUGUUGAAAAAAGUGGGGGCAGAGACUCUUCACGGAGGUCUAAACGUAGACGCUCCAAAUCCACUGAUCAUCACAAGUCUAGAUCCAAAUCCGUUGAAAAAAUAAGUAGUAAGGAGUCUUCACGGAGGUCGAAACGUAGACGUUCCAAGUCCUCUGAUCGUCUCAAAUCUAGAUCCAAAUCUAUUGAAAAACUAGGAAGCAAAGAGUCUUCAUGGAGGUCCAGAUGCAGACGCUCGAAAUCCUUUGAUCAGCUAAAGUCUAGAUCUAGGUCCAAAUCUGUUGAAAAAAGAGAGAGUAAGGAGUCUUCACGGAGAUCUAGAAGUAAACGCUCCAAGUCUUCUGAACAUCACAAAUCUAGAUCCAAAUCUGUUGAAAGAAUAGAGGUACAGGAACCCUCACGGAGGUCUCGAAGUAGCCGCUCCAAGUCUUUUGAGCGUCACAAGUCCAGAUCCAAAUCUGUUGAAGAAAUAGAGGUUCAGGAACCUUCACAGAGGUCUCGAAGUAGCCGCUCCAAGUCCUUCGAACAUCAAAAGUCUAGAUCCAAAUCUACUGAAGAAAUAGAGACUCAGGAGCCUUCACGGAGGUUUCAAAAUAGCCACUCCAAGUCUUCUGAACGUCACAUGUAUAGGUCCAAAUCUGUUGAUGAAAUAUUGGUUCAGGAGCCUUCACAGAGGUUUCGAAGUAGCCGCUCCAAGUCCUUGGAACAUCAAAAGUCUAGAUCCAAAUCUGUUGAAGAAAUAGAGGGCAAAGAAUUUUCACAGAAGUCUCGAAGUAGCCGCUCCAAGUCUUCCGAACGUGUUAUGUCUAAAUCCAAAUCUGAUGAAGAAAUGGAGGUUCAGGAGCCUUCACUGAGGUCUCGAAGCAGCUGCUCCGAGUCUUUGGAGCGUCACACAUCUAGAUCCAAAUCUGUUGAAGAAAUAGAGGGCAAAGAUUCUUCCCAGAGGUCUCGAAGUAGCCGCUCCACGUCUUCUGAACGUCACAAGUCCAGAUCCAAAUCUGUUGAAGAAAUAGAGGUUGAGGAGCUUUCCCGGAGGUCUCGAAGUAGCCGCUCCAAGUCUUCUGAACGUCACAAGUCCAGAUCCAAAUCUGUUGAAGAAAUAGAGGUUCAGGAGCCUUUACAUAGGUCUCAAAGCAGCCGCUCUGAGUCCUUGGAAUGUCAAAAGUCUAGAUCCAAAUCUGUUGAAAAAAUAGAGGGCAAAGAUUCUUCACCAAGGUCUCGAAGUAGCUGCUCCAAAUCUUCUGAAGAUCACAAGUCCAGAUCCAAUUCUGUUGAAGAAAUAGAGGUUGAGGAGUCUAUCCAGAGAUCUCGAAGUAGCCGCUCCAUGUCUUCUGAACGUCACAAAUCCAGAUCCAUUUCUGUUGAAGAAAUAGAGGUUGAGGAACCUUCCCAGAGGUCUCUGAGUAGCCGCUCCACGUCUUCUGAAUGUCACAAGUCCAGAUCCAAAUCUGAUGAAGAAAUGGAGGUUCAGGAACUUUCACAGAGGUCUCAAAGCAGCCGCCCUGAAUCCUUGGAACGUCACAAGUCCAGAUCCAAAUCUGUUGAAGAAAUAGAGGUUGAGGAGCUUUCCCGGAGGUCUCGAAGUAGCCGCUCCAAGUCUUCUGAACGUCACAAGUCCAGAUCCAAAUCUGUUGAAGAAAUAGAGGUUGAGGAGCUUUCCCGGAGGUCUCGAAGUAGCCGCUCCAAGUCUUCUGAACGUCACAAGUCCAGAUCCAAAUCUGUUGAAGAAAUAGAGGUUCAGGAGCCUUCACAAAGGUCUCAAAGCAGCCGCCCUGAAUCCUUGGAAUGUCAAAAGUCUAGAUCCUUAUCUGUUGAAAAAAUAGAGGGCAAAGAUUCUUCACCAAGGUCUCGAAGUAGCCGCUCCAAAUCUUCUGAGCGUCACAAGUCCAGAUCCAAAUCUGUUGAAAAAAUAGAGGGCAAAGAUUCUUCACCAAGGUCUCGAAGUAGCCGCUCCAAGUCUUCUGAACGUCACAAGUCCAGAUCCAAUUCUGUUGAAGAGAUAGAGGUUGAGGAGCCUUCCCAGAGGUCUCAGAGUAGCCGCUCCACGUCUUCUGAAUGUCACAAGUCCAGAUCCAAAUCUGAUGAAGAAAUGGAGGUUCAGGAACUUUCACAGAGGUCUCGAAGCAGCCGCCCUGAAUCCUUGGAAUGUCAAAAGUCUAGAUCCAAAUCUGUUGAAAAAAUAGAGGGCAAAGAUUCUUCACCAAGGUCUCGAAGUAGCCGCUCCAAAUCUUCUGAGCGUCACAAGUCCAGAUCCAAAUCUGUUGAAAAAAUAGAGGUUGAGGAGCCAUCACAGAGGUCUCGGAGUAGCCGCUCCAAGUCUCCCAAACUUCAAAAGUCUAGAUCCAAAUCUAUUGAAAAAAUAAAGGGCAAAGAUUCUUCACAGAGGUCUCGGAGUAGCCACUCCAAGUCUCCUGAACUUCAGAAGUCUAGAUCGAAAUCUGCUGAAAAAACAAAGGACAAGGUGUCUUCACAGAGGUCUAGAAGAAAACGCUCCAAAUCUUCUCAACGUCACAAGUCUAGAUCCAAAUCAGUUGAAAAAGUAGAGGGCAAAGCGUCUUCACAGAGGUCUAGAAGCAAGCGCUCUAAAUCCUCUGAGCGCAAAUCACAAAAACAUGAUAGCGAAUCACGGUCCAGACGAAAUCGGUCUCGUUCAGUAACACGUAAAAGACUGUCAAAAUCUAAAUCUAAUCAUCGGUCUCGGACACGCUCUCUGUCACGUUCAAGACACAGGAGGAGGACUCGGUCAAGAUCAGUGUCAAAAAAGAGACGGUCUUUAUCAAGAGAGAGACACAAAAGAUCUCAAAGGAACAGAUCAAGGUCUGCUGAUCGAAGACGACGACGAUCAAACUCAAGGGAUCACCGAAUAGUGCUCAGGUUACGGACCAGAAGUCGAACACCUAUUCGACGAAAACGGUCUAGGUCAGUGGGAAGAAGACGAAGCUCUAGCAAAUCACCAGUUCGACUAAGAAGAUCAAGAUCACCUGGGAGAAGGAGAUGCUAUAGCAGAUCACCUGAUCGUCAGAGAAGGUCCAGAUCAUCCGACAAGUUUUCAAGCAGAUCACCUAAACGUCUUACAGACUUAGACAAGGCCCAGCUACUUGAAAUAGCCAAAGCUAAUGCAGCUGCCAUGUGUGCUAAGGCUGGUGUCCCCUUACCACCAAGCUUACUGCCUAUUAUAGCUCCAGCAAAGAAGGAGGAGAAAGUUACUCAGAAGUCAGCAAGAGAUACAAUAAAGGAGCUCACUGAGAAAUGCAAGAAGAUUGCACAAAGCACGGAUGAUGUGAUUGUGAACAAGCCUCAUGAUUCUGAUGAAGAGGAGGAGGAACGCCCUUUCUAUAAUCAUCCUUUUAAACUCAAUGAACCUAAACCCAUUUUUUUCAACUUAAAUACCACUCCUAUCGUAAAACCAGCACCAAAAAAUCAGGUAACAUUGACAAAGGAGUUCCCUGUCUCAUCUGGGUCUCAACACAGGAAAAAGGAAGCUGACAGUGUCUAUGGAGAAUGGGUUCCAGUUGAGAAAAGUAAAGAAGAAAGUAAAGAUGAUGUUUUCCCCAAACCAGCUCUUGCACAGACUGUGGACAUCUCUACAGCAAUGAAUGAACGAACAAUGGCUCAGAAGAGGCUUACAGAAAAUACAUUUGACUUAGAGGCCAUGUGCUUGUUAAAUCGUGCACAGGAACAGAUUGAUGCUUGGGCGCAGUCAAACUCUCUACCGGGCCAAUUCACAGGAAGCACUGGAGCACAGAUUUUGUCCUCAGAUGAGUUGUCCAACAGCGGUCCCCAAGCCUGGAUUAGAAAGGAUCAGUUCUUAAGAGCAGCCCCUGUAACUGGAGGAAUGGGAGCCCAGCUGAUGAGAAAAAUGGGCUGGAGAGAAGGAGAGGGACUAGGAAAAAACAGAGAAGGAACUGUGGAGCCUAUCCUAGUGGAUUUUAAGACAGAUCGAAAAGGCCUUGUUGCAGUGGGAGAAAAGACACAAAAGAGAUCGGGACAUUUUAGUGUAAUGAAGGAUCUUUCAGGUAAACAUCCAGUUUCUGCAUUGAUGGAGAUAUGUAAUAAAAGAAGAUGGUCACCACCUGUAUUCGUAUUGGUGGAUGAUAGUGGGCCUGAUCAUCGCAAACAUUUUAUCUUCAAGGUGAUGGUCAAUGGGCAUGAAUACAGGCCUAGCUUUCCCAGCCUUAAUAAGAAGCAUGCUAAAGCCACAGCAGCAACUGCAGCUCUCCAAGCGAUGGGACUUGUACCAAAGGAGAGCAUGCCCAAUGCCACCAUCUUCAGGAGUGCCUCACACCGCUAGAUAUUGUUUUUUAUAUUGACAUUAUUUCAGAUAAUUUUAUUCUGCACAAGAAAGGUAUUUCCCCGUUUCAUGUUGUAAAUACAUUGGUGAUUCCCACAUUGUAAAAACUGUACAGACACCUUCAGGAUUUUCUUUUGUACCAUCAAAAAUGUAUUUAAAUCAUACUUAGUUUUUGGUAUGUUUAUAUUGUUUACAUUAGUGAUGUAAUUAUUCCUUAAAUGACUAAAUUCAACAGGCAGACUCUGGAGGGCAUCAGUAAUCUAAACCCUUGUUUUAAAAUUCAUGCAAUUUCUCUUCAAUAUGGAAUGUUAACACUUUUUCAUACUCUUUUGUACUAUAAUGCAGUUUUCCCUGGUCUAGGUAAAGCUACUGUUGUAGUACUUUUGCCUAUAGCCAGAACAAGGCUGCACAGCUUAUCAUAGUCUAGAAAGGCUGGUAUGUACUGCUGGACAGAUACUGGGCCAGUAAUGUUACCCCCUCCAAGGAGGUAGGUAAAUUGUGGCACUGUUGUACAAUGCUUACAUUACCACUUCUGUCUUGUUCGGGGUUUAAGUCAAUGGUGUACUGCAACUGGCCAUAUUGCUUAUCUUUUAAAACUAAAAAUAGGCAAAUGACCUCACUUAAAUGGGAGGGAAGAAAGUCCAGCAAUGAAAUUGAUGAGAACUGCUGUGUAAAAGCAUCUCUCCCUUGCAUGUUCUGGUAAGGAGAUAUGAAAUUGUCUAUUCCAAUCUCAAAUUAACACACUGCCUGAUGUUGAUUGUAUGAAUUUGUGGUUAAUGUGAAUUUUAAACUAUAACAAAUCUACAACUGGAUGGGGGCUAGAACGGUGCUCCAAUUGUUGUACCCAGCUCAGUCAAUAAAGCCGCACAAGUUCAUAAUCUUAAUCAUUGGUCAGUGAACAGUAAUUAAGAUCUGUGCCAAAGCAGUAAUUUAGGAAGUAUGUAUCGGGGGCAGCAAUAGUGAAAUGUUUUCAGUUGUUUAUAAAGUUACCAAGCUAAUUUUUGGCCUCAUGUUUUCUGUGCUGGUACACAUCACAGGAUGAGGGUUUUGUUUUAAGUUUGAUUCAAAGUUUUGGCAGUUUUUGAUGAUGAAAGUAAGUGGGGAAAAUAGGCAGUCUGUUUUUCUCUUUUUAAAAAUACCUCUAACUUGGUGAUAGUAGGGGGUUUGCAAACUUGCAGUGGGGGAAAAUAAUUCUCAUGUCAUACUUUGAGUUAUAAAUCUUAGAAAAUGGCCACUUGUGCAUGCCUAGUAGUUUAUGUGCUUAGUUAUUUCUUUAAAAAAAAAUUUCCCCCUCAAAGAUUGUAUCCUGUCAACUGCACACAAGUCCACAAAUUCAGAGACAUCAUGGAGCUCCUCUUAUGCAUCAAGCUGUCCUUUGGCUUGAGGUGAAGGAGCUUUGCACUAGGAGCCAGAAGAUUAAUCCGUGGAAGAAACAGGACUAGAAUUUAUGUCAAUUCUUUAUUCUUUUUACCCUUUUUUAUUGAAUAACUUAUCAGUGUCACUUUUGUCAAAGCUGGGAAUAGAACCUAGCUGUCUAAUAUGGCAGAUGAGUUCCAUCCAUGCUUGUCUGUCAGCAAAAUAUAUAAAAUCUGUGUGCUUCGCUAGGCUAUUUGUGAAUUGGGACUAUUCCUCCAUAACAGUCUGUACAAAGGGCAUUGACAAAUACUAUAUAGCACUGUUUAAAAAUAAAGUAGCAUGCAAGAGUC